AUGGCCUCCUACGGGCUCGGGGUCCGCAUGGGGAACUGGCUGGAGGAGGAGUACGCGCAGCAGGAACUCCUGAGGGAUUUUAUCCGUAAGAGAGAGCAAGGACAACUUUUAAUACAGAGAUUAGCAAAACUUCAAGAGAAUAUUUUUAAGAGGGUAGAGCUGUCGGUAUCUUCUGACGGAUUUGUUCACUUUGGAGACACCGUGUUGCUUAUGAACCCAGACAAAAAAUCCUCGGAUUUGGAAGGGACCUCGGGGGAGAGGGAGCCCGAAAUGCGUGGUGAUGUGACUCUGGCUGUUGACAUGGAGGAAAUAUCCCUGUACAAGGACGAACCCCUGCAGCUCUCUCGUGGACUUAGUGCAGUCAAGAGCGUGGACCCCAUAGGUCGAAAUGCUUUCUGUAUUGUAAGUGUUGAUGGAAGUGCAGUGGGUGAACCACUUAGAUACGGGCAAAACUUUGUUCUUGGGACAAAAGGAGGGGUUUCUGACAAACUGUUUUAUCUGGCAAGUGACCACAAAACAUUUAAAGAUUUUGCUAAAAAAUCUCGCCUUCAGAAAGUAUAUUUGACAUCUGAGCUUUCCUAUUUGACUUUCUGGCAAGCUAAGUCCUUGGAUCCACAACUGCGUCUUGAACAUGAAGGAUUUCCAGUUCCUGCAGAAACUAAAAUUAUUAUUACUCAUUGCUACACCAAUCGCAACUUAGCUGUUCCAAGGACCUUCUGUGUGUGGUCUCAUUUUGGAAGAGAAUUUGAAGUUAUUUGUCACAAUUAUCUCGACUCCCACAGAGUUGAAGACGAUAAGAAUUACUGGGAGAUAAUAACAGGAAAUCCUGGUCCUGAAGAUGGUACAAUGUUUGACAGACCCCAAGCUUUCCCAGAAGGGUAUAAGAGGAAUGAGUUUCAUGAAAAGACAGAGAACGUAAAAGCCCAAGACUACAGCCAGGAGAGGUUGAUGAGAUUCUAA